CUUGCCCAGUUGCCGGUUUUCUUCCUUUCGCCCAUAGCCAGCCAUGUCCAUGUCGUCUUCCUUUUCUCUCCUCUUUACCCACUCAUUUCCCUUCUUCCCACCCAACCAAACUCCAUAGCCUCUCUCUCUCUCUCUCUCAAUUUCCCGAGACGAGAACUUUGGUUUUUCUGUAUACCCACUGUCGAUACUCUGGUUUGGCCGCUUCUCUUCAGCUCUUCUUCCCACUCACCCCCGAUUCUCCAUAUUCAAGAAUCCAACCCUCCGACCAAACCCAAGCUUUUCCUGCUUCAUUCCUCUGUGCAGAUUCCAACCCCCUUUUCCCUUUUCCCUUUCCAUUCCAUUCCACCCCUCAUCACAUGUCUUGGUACCCUUCCCCGUUCUUUCACUCCCUGCCGGUCGAGAGGGCCGGAGCAUCCCUUUCCGCCUCUGAUGCGGCCUCAUGGAGAAACUCGCCAGUUCAAAUGACCCCCUUUUGCUAGCUGUCUGAUUUCGUCUUAGGGUUUUUGGAGCUAGGGUUUGCGCGAGAAUGCCGCAGGGUGCUGGAGAAGAUGGCGGCAAAGGGGCUCAGUACUCUUUCGCUAUGGAGUACGAUGGCCCCCCGGUGAGCUGCGACAUUCCCCGGGCAGUCCCCAUCAACCUCGGUCAAAUUCCGGUGGCUGCGGUGGUUGCUCAGGUCUCGCUCGCUGAGAAGUUGUCCUUACCUGUUGUCCAACCCAUCGUGGCAGCGGAUUCGCUGGCCAAGAGGUUCCCCAAGAAGGAGAUAUUGUCGGAUUCGAGGGUAUCUCCUACUUCUGUGAUUGACAACAGCCUUGAAUGCACGUCGAAGGAGCUCGGACACUCGGAGAGCUCCACUGUCUCGCCGACCUCGGUGAUUGUGACGGAGGAGGAUAGGGGAAACGCUGACGAGCUGUCGGGUGAAUUAAGCAGCUCUGGUGCAUUAGAGUUCUCUAAUGGCAAGUUUGUUUCCGGAGAAUUGUCUGGUGCUGUUGCUGUUGCUGUUGAUGAUUCGAAUGUGUUGGGUUCAUCCUCGGUAAGUCAUGAGCACUUGAACGGGUUGUUCGGUGGGGCUAGGAGCUGUACCAGCACCAUAGAAUUCUCGGAUAGCUUUGAUAAGUCUCGAGAAAGCUCGCAUGUGUAUAGGGUGCCAAGUGGUGACAAGGGGAGUGUAGAUUUUAGCGAUUUGAAUCGGCCCGAUUGGGAAUCUAAUGAAUCUGUAUUGAGCUUAGAAUACCCGUCAUCUCGGGUUUCAUACCGUAGGACUGGGGAUUGUAGUAAUGAACUAAGUUCUGAUGCUAGGCGAAAUGUGGUUGUGACAUUUCGGGAUAUUGAAUCAGAGGAUGCUCUUGAUGAGAACUUCGGCAGGGUUGCGCAAGACAGUAUUAGGGCCACUGGAGGCCUGCAGAGCCGGGGGAAGAAAGGAUCUUGCUACAGAUGCUUUAAGGGCAACAGGUUCACAGAAAAAGAGGUUUGCAUCGUAUGUAAUGCAAAAUACUGUUGCAAUUGUGUACUUAGAGCUAUGGGGUCGAUGCCAGAAGGGAGGAAGUGUGUUUCUUGCAUCGGGUUCCCUAUCGAUGAAUCAAGAAGAGCAAACCUAGGAAAGUGCUCCAGACUGCUCAAACGGCUACUCAAUGAUUUGGAGAUUAGACAGAUUAUGAAAGCUGAGAAGUUGUGUGAAGCGAAUCAGUUAAGGCCAGAAUACGUGUCUGUCAAUGGGAAACCUCUGUGCCAUGAGGAGCUCAUUAUGUUGCAGACCUGUCCAAACCCACCCAAGAAGCUAAAACCUGGGAAUUACUGGUACGACAAAGUAUCUGGCCUUUGGGGAAAGGACGGUCAGAAGCCUUCGAAGAUUAUUAGUCCCCAUCUUAAUGUUGGGGAUCCACUUAGAGCAGAUGCUAGUAAUGGAAACAGCCAAGUUUUCAUAAAUGGUCGGGAGAUUACCAAAGUGGAACUCCGGAUGUUGCAGUUAGCUGGAGUUCAAUGUGCUGGAAACCCACACUUUUGGGUCAAUGAAGAUGGAUCCUACCAGGAAGAGGGACAAAAAAACACCAAAGGUUAUAUUUGGGGCACGGCUGGAACAAAGCUCUUAUGUGCUUUCCUGUCGCUUCCCGUACCUUCAAAAUCAUCAAAUUCAUAUGGUGAACAAGCAAACAGCUUGGUCGGCAGACCAGUCCCUGAUUACAUUGGGCAGCAAAUACUUCAAAAAGUCCUUUUAGUGGGGCACAGUGGGUCUGGAACAAGUACCCUAUUCAAGCAGGCCAAGAUUCUUUAUAAGGACAGUCCCUUCACGGAGGAUGAGCGUGAAAAUAUAAAGCUGAUUAUUCAGAGCAAUGUAUACCGCUAUCUUGGCAUACUUCUUGAAGGUCGUGAACGAUUUGAAGAGGAAUGCUUGCUAGACAUUGGCAAAGGUCAGGAUCUUGAUGGUGUGGAACCUUUAGGAAAUGCUAAUGGAAAACGUACCUACUCCAUAGGGCCAAGGUUAAAAGCCUUCUCAGAUUGGCUCCUCAAGGCCAUGGUUGCUGGCAAUCUGGAAGCUAUUUUUCCAGCAGCCACUCGUGAAUACGCCCCACUGGUCGAGGAGUUGUGGAGAGAUCCUGCUAUCCAGGGCACAUACAAAAGGAGAAAUGAGCUGGACAUGCUACCAAGUGUUGCUAACUAUUUUCUAGAGCGGGCUGUUGACAUAUUGAGAGCAGACUAUGAUCCUUCGGAUUUGGAUAUUCUACACGCGGAGGGCGUGACAUCAUCAAAUGGACUCUCUCAUGUUGAGUUCACUUUCCCCCAGUCUUCUUCUGAUGAUACCAUCGAUGCUGAUGUCUCUGAUCAGCAUGAUUCUCUGUUUAGGUAUCAGUUGAUCCGGGUACACGCCAGGGGCCUUGGUGAAAACUGCAAGUGGCUGGAGAUGUUUGAAGACAUUGGGAUGGUCAUAUUCUGUGUCUCCCUGAGUGACUACGACCAGUACUCUAUUGACCCCUGUGGAUCCUGCACUAACGACAUGCUCCUGAGCAGGAGACUCUUCGAGAGCAUCGUAACUCACCCAACUUUCGAGCAGAUGGACUUCCUCUUAGUACUGAACAAGUUUGACCUCUUCGAGGAUAAGAUUGAGAGAGUACCCUUAGAAAGCUGUGAGUGGUUUGACGACUUCCACCCAGUUGUGGGCCGCCAUCGAUCCAAUGGCAACAGCAUUAACUGUAACCCCACACUUGGCCAGUUGGGCUUUCACUAUAUUGCUGUGAAGUUCAAACGGCUUUAUUACUCUCUCACUGGGCGGAAGUUGUACGUGUCAAUGGUAAAAGGACUGGAGCCUGAAAGUGUUGAUUCUGCCCUUAGGUAUGCCAGGGAGAUUCUGAAGUGGGAUGAGGAGAGAGCCAACUUCAGCUUGAGUGGGUACUCCAUGUAUAGCACGGAGGUCAGCUCCUUCUCUCCCUGAUUGUCGAGUUGUGGAGUUCUGGGGAGCUUGUAAAUUCAAAGAGACCGUACUUUACUGUAUAUAAUAGUGUCAUGUAAAUGUAUGAAAAGGCAGUGGAUAUUAUUCCUGAGAUGUAUUGUUCAGCUUGACCCAGCAGCGCCCUUCAGAUAGAAAUUGUUGGGGAAACAAAAGUAGGGAGGAAAUUAGUUUUGACAUUGAGUUGUAAUGUUACAUUUGUAUAACCUUCUUGUUUCCGACGGUAGAAAGAACCGCAUUCUUUUACUCUUAA